UCCUUCCUUUUAGUCGCUCGCUUGGCUCUCACGCGUGCACACAGAACACAGAUGUGAGGGAGAGACGGGACUACUGCACGGGAACAGGAACUUUUUCUUGACUGGAGCACAACAUCCUUCGGAACACGGCUAGCUCUUUCGCUAACAAGGAUGAGGCUGUGUAAAGGCUGGAGGAGUGGUUUGCUGCUAUUGCUUCUACUGGAAGUUGUAGGAACCUUUGCACAGAAACUACCCACGCGCGAUGAAGGACUUUUCCAGAUGCAGAUCCGAGACAAGUCCAUCUUCCACGACUCCUCCGUCAUUCCGGACGGCGCCGAGAUUAGCGGCUACCUCUUCAGGGACACGCCCAAAAGGUACUACUUUGUGGUGGAAGAAGACAACACGCCGCUGUCGGUGACGGUGACGCCGUGCGACGCGCCGCUGGAGUGGACCUUGACGUUGCAGGAGCUGCCGGAGGAGGCCAGCGGCGAGGCGUCAGGGGAGCCCGAGCCACUGGAUCAGCAAAAGCAGCAGGUGACUGUGGACGAAGGCACGGAGCUGUUUGCCUACAAGGGUAACGACGUGGAGUCCUACGUGUCCACCAGCACGCCGUCUGGCCUCUACCAGCUGGAGCUUCUGUCCACGGAAAAGGACAGCAACUUCAAGGUGUACGCCUCCACCACGCCAGAGUCGGACCAGCCCUACCCGGAGCUGCCCUACGACCCUCGCGUAGACGUGACGGCGCUGGGCCGCACCACCGUCACCCUGGCCUGGAAGCCCACACCCACAUCCUUCCUGAUGGGCCAGCCGGUGCAGUACUGCGUGGUCAUCAACAAGGAGCACAACUUCAAAAGCAUGUGCGCCGCCGAGGCCAAGAUGGGCUCCGACGACGCGUUCAUGUCGGCGCCCAAGCCGGGCCGGGACUUCAGCCCCUUCGACUUUUCCCACUUCGGCUUCGACCGCGGCCUGACCAGCAACAAAAUCUCACGGGCGUACCCGGCCAAGCCCAAAACGUCGGACAUUCACAAGCUGUGCAUCGGAAACAAGAACAUCUACACCGUUUCCGACUUGAAGCCAGACACGCAGUACUACUUCGACGUCUUUGCCGUCAACUCGGCGACCAACACCAGCACGGCCUACGUGGGCACCUUCGCCCGCACGAAAGAGGAAGCCCGGCAGAAGACUCUGGAGCUCAAGGACGGAAAAGUGUCCGACGUGUUCGUCAAGAGGAAAGGCAGCAAGUUCCUCCGCUUCGCCCCCGUUUCCUCGCACCAGAGGGUGACGCUGUUCGUCCACGCCUGCCUGGACGCAGUCCAGGUCCAGGUGCGACGCGACGGCAAGCUCCUGCUUUCGCAAACCGCCGAGGGCGUUCGACAGUUCCAGUUGCGCGGCAAGCCCAAGGCCAAGUACCUCAUCCGACUGCGCGGCAGCCGCAAAGGCGCCUCCACGCUAAAAGUGCUAGCUAGCACCCGAGCGGGCGGCAAGCAGCCCUUCCCCUCCCUGCCCGAGGACACCCGCAUCAAGGCCUUCGACAAGCUCCGCACCUGUUCCUCCGUCACCGUGGCCUGGCUGGGAACGCAAGAACGGAACAAGUACUGCGUCUACCGCAAGGAGGUGUCCGACGACUACGGCGAGGAGCAGCGGCGGCGCGAGCAGAACCGCUGCGCCGGGCCCGAGACGCGGCGCAAGUCAGAGAAAGUCCUCUGCAAGUACUUCCACAGCCCCAACCUGCAGAAGGCGGUGACCACAGAGACGGUCACCGGGCUGGAGCCCGGGAAGAGCUACCUGCUGGACGUCUACGUGGUGGCGCACAGCGGCCACUCGGUCAAGUACCAGAGCAAACUGGUGAAAACCAGGAAGUACUGCUAAAAGCGACUGAGCACAGAGGAAGAAAUCUAUUAUAAAUAUAUCUAUGGAAUAAGUUUAUUUAACUCUUUGGAAGAUAUACAGACUGACUACUCACCUGUGGCGGAGACAGAACUGUUGCUGGAGACCUCCACCUGUAUAUUUAUGUUUACAUUUACCCCCCCCAACUCGCGAGCGAGUUCGUACGGUGGCCGGAAAGCUUCGGGAAAUUUGCAAAUUCCAAACACCAAUGCUAAUAGCCGCAACUGAAACGCCAAUAGCUGUGACACGAACCACAACGGAAGUAGACUUAAAACCGAAGUAGUUGUAGAAGUUACUACGUGAGAUACACUUUCUCUACCUUAGGCUUUAUAGAAAUUGUCACCUAGUAGAGAUUUUUGAUAGCGUUAGCUGCUAACAUUAGCAAGAAGUUCCGUUGUACAACGGAAGUAAGCGCACUUUUGUCAGACUUGCUAACGUUAGCAAAUAACAUCAUAAUUGCAUCUGACUUGCAAAUAUUAGCAGCUAACGUCAUGAUUGUUACAUGUUAUCAUCCAACAGUAAUUGAUGUAUGACGUUAGCCGCUAACAUUAACAUUAGCCAGUCCGAUUGAAGUGUGUGCUGAUAAAGGAAGUAAUCACACGUCGGAAAUGCUAACAUUAACAACUAACAUCAUACUUGUGUCGGACUAGCUAAUGUUAACAGCUAACAUCAUAAUACAAUCUCUACAUGUAAUCAUUCAGUAGCGUUCGAUCUAUGACGUUAGCCGCUAAUGUUAGCCAGAAACAAUAUUUGGUGUGUUUACUUCUGUUACUUCUUAAAAGAGUAGUAGUUGUAGACGUGUUACUACAGUAGAUACACUUUGUGUCCCUCUCUUCCUAAGGCUUUACAGAAAUAGUUAGCCAGUAGAGAUCUUUGUAUAACGUUAGCUGCUAAUAUUACCGUUAGCCAGUCCGAUGGAAGUGUGCGCUUAUAACAGAGGUAAGCGCACUUUUGUCGGACUGGCUAAUGUUAGCAAAUAACAUCAUGCAUCUGACUUGCUAAUAUUAGCAGCUAAAGUCAUACAACGAUUUUUACAUGUCAUAAUCCAGUAGCGACUGAUGUAUGACAUUAGCAGCUAAUGUUAGCCAGACAGACUUAAGUGUAAGCACACUUACGUCGACCUUGCUAACAUUAAUGACUAACGUCAUACUUGUGUCUGACUGGCUAACGUUAGUAGCUAAAAUCAUAAAACAAUCGCUGCAUGUUAUCAUCCAGUAGCGAUCGAUGUAUGACGUUAGCAAGAGAGACUUAAGCGUGUUUACUACUGUUACUUUGUUAUUUCUUAAAACAGAAGUAGUUGUAGAAGUCACUACAAUAGACACACUUUGUGACCUUCUUUCCAUAAGGCUUAACAGAAGUAGUUAGCUAGUAGAAAUCUGUAUAACGUUAGCCGCUAACAUUUACAUUAGCCAGUCCGAUGGAAGUGUGUGCGUAUAACAGAAGUAAGCACACUUACGUCGGACUUGCUAAUGUCAUACUUGUAUCUGACUGGCUAAUGUUAGCAGCUAACAUCAUAAUACAAUCUCUGCAUGUAAUCAUCCAGUAGCGUUCAAUGUAUGACGUUAGCCGUUAAUGUUAGCCAGACAAAAUUAAGUGUGUUUACUUCUGUUACUUCUUAAAACAGAGGUAGUUGUAGAAGUUACUACAGUAGAUACAGUUUGUGAUCCUCUCUCCCUAAGGCCUUACAGAAGUAUAGUUAGCUAGUAGAGAUCUUUGUAUAACAUUAGUUGCUAAUAUUUACAUUAGCAAGUCCAAUGGUAGUGUGUGCUUUUAACAAAAGUAAGCACACUUACGUCGGACUGGCUAACAUUAACAACUAACAUCAUAGUUGUGUAUGACAAGCUUACAUUACCAGCCAACAUCAUAAUACAAUCUCUGCAUAUUAUCAUCCAGUAGCGAUCAAUGUAUGACGUUAGCAGCUAAUGUUAGCCAGACGGACUUAAGUGUGUUUACUUCUGUUAGUUCUUAAAACAGUGGUAGUUGUAGACGUUACUACAGUAGAUACACUUUGUCACCCUCUCUAGCUAUUAGAGAACUUUGUAUAACGUUAGCCACUAAUAUUAACAUUAGCCAGUCCGAUGGAAGUGUGUGCAUAUAAUGGAAGUAAGCACACUUACGUCUCACUUUCUAACGACUAACGCCAUACUUGUGUCUAACUGACUAACUUAGGCAGCUAACAUCAUACGACGAUCUCUACGUUAUCAUUCAGUAGCGUUCAAUGUAUGACGUUAGCCGCUAAUGUUAGCCAGACAAGACUUAAGCAUGCUCACUUCUGUUACUUUGUUACUUCUUAAAGCAGAAGUAGUUGUAGUUACUACAGUAGCUACACUCUGUGAUCAUCUCUACUAAGGCGACUAAGUAGUUAGUCAGUAGAGAUCUUUGUAUAAAGUUAGCCGCUAACAUUUACAUUAGUCAGUCUGAUGGAAUUGUGUGCGAAUAACUAAAGUCAGCACACUUACGUCGGACUUGCUAACGACUUCAUACUUGUUUCUGACUGACUAAAGGUAGCAGCUAACAUCAUAAAACAAUCUCUCCAUUUUAUCAUCCAGUAGCGAUCGAUGAUGAUUUUAGCUACUAAUGUUAGCCUUUCAAAAAAAGAAUUGUGAAGGGGUAUAUACAUUACCAUUUAGCAAAGAUUGUUUUGUGAUUUUCGCCGCUAACGUUAACAUCCAAUAGAGAUUUUUGUUUGAUGUUAGUCGCUAACAUCAACCAGUCUUACGCUGUACGACGGAAGUAAGCACAUUUACAUCUGACUGAUUAACUUGCGUAUGACUUGCAAACAUUAGCUACAGGAACGCAAUUAGUCACGACAUGAACCACAACGCAAGUAAACUUAAAACAAGUAGAAGUUACUACGGGAGAUACACUUUGUGACCUUAUCUACCUAAGGCUUUACAAAAGUAGUCAUUCAGUAGAGAUGUAUGAUAACGUUAGCCGCUAACAUUAAUGAAAAGCUCCGUUGUACAACGGAAGGAAGCGCACAUCAUCAGACUGGCUGAUAUUUACGACUAACAUCAUACUUGCAUCUGACUGGGUAAUAUUAGCAGCUAACAUCAUGAAACAAUCUCUGCAUGUAUUCCUCCAGUGCGGUAGAUGUAUGACGUUAGCGGCUAAUGUUAGCCAGACAGACUCAAGUGUUUACUUCUGUUACUUCUUAAAUCAGAAAUAGUUGUAGAAGUUACUAGAGUAGCUACACUUUGUGAUCAUCCCUACUAAAGCUAUCAUACUUGCGUCUAACAUCAUACAGAGACUCUGCAUGUUAUCAUCCAGUAGUGAUCGACGUAUGACAUUAGCUGCUAAUGUUAGCCAGACAGACUUAAGCAUGUUCACUUCUGUUGUAAGUCUCAAAAACGGAAUUGUGUGGGGAAGCAUCCAUUAUCAUUUAGCAAAGAUUGUUUUGUGAUUUUAGCCGCUAACGUUAUCAUCCGAUAGAGAUCGUUGCAUGACGUUAGUCACUAAAAUUAGCCAAUCCUACGGUGUACAAAGGAAGUAAGCACACUUACUCCGGACUGACUGACGUCAUUUUUAAAUCUGACUGGCUUACAUUAGCAGCUAAGAUCAUAAAACAACUCUGCAUUUUGUCACUCAGUUUCAGUCAAUGUAUAACGUUAGCCGCUAAUAUUAGCCGGACAGACUUAAGUGUGUUCACUUCUGUUGUAAGUCUCAACAACAAAUUGUGUGGGGAACUUAACUUUUAGACACUUUUAGCCGCUGACAUUAUUAUCCAUUAGCGAUAGUUGUAUGACAUUUGCCGCUAACGUUACUCCAAUUGACGUCGGCUCAGGCUAAUGUCAGUUUUCAGCAAUGUUUUUUUUUUAAAUCUGUUAGCCAAGACAAAUUGUUUAGAGACUUACAAAAAAAACAGUGUGGACUGGCUAAUGUUAGCAGCUAACAUCAUAUAACAAUCUAGACUGCUAAACAUGUGUAUCACCACACAAUUCCAUCCCACAACUUUAGCAGCUAAUGUCAUACAACAAUCGUUACUGGAUGCUAAUGUGUAUCCUCAAACACUAGCUUUGUAGGCCUUACACACACACGUAUGACUAGCUAACGUUAGCGCCGAACGUCACACAACAAGCUCUACUGCAUUGUAACGUUAGCAGCUAAAGUUAGAACCACUUCUGAAGUCGAAUUCCGUUGCAGGCAUUUUGCGUUCACGUUGCAGCUUUCGGCAAUCAUGUUUUUUUUUCUUUUGAAAAAUGUUUGGAAUUGGCAAAUCGCCCGAAACUUCUUGGCCAUCGUAGACUUGGCUUUCGGAGUAUCUGCGUGACUAUCGGGAAUCAGAAACCAAAAAGUGGCUGAUUGUUUUGUUACUUUUGGGAAGCUGAAAUUUUCUCAAGGUGCAAGUUUGGAUUAGUGCUAUUUGAACGAUUGUUAGCGACUAUUAGCGGCUGAUUAUUUCCCAGUGUAGCACUGGUGGCACUUAGUUCACUACCUAAAAACUGUUUAAUUUUAAUUAACUCAUUUCUUUCCAUUGACGGCGAUAGACGUCCAAUCCAUUUGAACGAAGAGGGAUGAAAUUACCAGUAAAAUAUACGACUUUACUCUUGAAAAUAUCUUAAAAAUAAAUAAAACUAGCCAAAUUUCUCGUAACAUUUUAAAAAGUAUUUUUUUUUUCCUGUAAAUAGUCAACUUUUGGCUUAUAGUUUAUUUUUGCCUUUACAAAAGAACUUUAUUUUAUUUUCGUUAAAUUACAUCAGGUAAACACAUUCCUUCAACGCUAGUGGUUAUCUUUGUAUAACGUUAGCCGCUAACUUUAACAUUAGCCAGUCCGGCAGAAGUGUGUGCUUACUUCUGUUAUAAGCACACUUACGUUGGAGUGGCUAACGUUAGCGACUAACAUACUUGCAACUGACUGGCUACUGUUAGCAGCUAACGUUGUACAACAAUCUCUACAUAUUUUCAUCAAGUAUCGAUUGAUGCUAACAUUACUGGCUAAUGUCAGCCAGAGAGACUUCAAAAUGUACGCAUUUUUUCCUCAAAACAACAUUCAAAGUAAAAAAAUUUCAACUUUCCUUGCUAUUGACAGCCACUGACAUCAGACACAUUUUAACUGCUUAGUGCAAACUAGAAACUGCAAUUUCUGGAGAAAUUACUCUGGGUCUUUGCUCUGUGGAGAUACACAUCUUAGCCCCAUCCAGGGGUAUCUAUAGAAUGGACAAACAUGCCCGUCAAUUGCAUUAAACAAAGUAAAUGCCAUUAGAAAUGAAUGGAAAAUUUGGACGUCCUUGGCUGUCAAUGGCAGCUCCCUCCAUAAGCGUCAAUGGAAUCGGGGAAGUUUGGGGGACAUGUCCUAUUGAUAUCAGGUGAUUUCCUGUUUAUUUGGGGACAUAUUAUUUUUUUUUUUUUUUUUUUGGCCAUUGAAAAUGAACGGGGAAAAAUUUGGACGUCCAUGGCCGUCAAUGGCAUCGACUUACAUAGGUGUCAAUGGAAUCCAAGUACAUUAAUAUCAAUAAAUUCGACAUAUAUAGCCAUCAAUGGCAUCAAUGCGAUGUAAAUUCCAUUGGAAAUUCCAUUGGAAGUCAAUGGGAAAUUUCCCAAUAAAAAUGAAUGGGAAAGUUUUUGGCAAAUUGUAAUUUACGUGAUAUUUUUUGGUUAAUUCCGUAUUGUAUUCGGUAUUUUUUCUAUCACUGUCAAUGGCGGCCAUUUUGUCAACCCGGAAAUAAUCAGUCACUUUUUUUUCCUUUUCGAUUCCCAAUUAAAAACUGAACGAAGGACCGAUCCACGAAUCGAGGACGCUGGCUUGUACAGACCUGUUGCUGCCUAUUCGCCACCGUGUUGUACCGAGACUUUUAAAUUAUUUUCUACUUUAUCUCUCUGAUGUGUUACUAUGACAUUCCCUUGUGUAAUCUCUUUCUUGUAACUGUGUUCUGUGCUUGGAAAUGUGUUAUUAUCACUGUAUCAAUGUGUGUGAGACUGCCCGAAUGUGCGCGCGAGUGCGUCCCGUGUACAGUUGUCCUGCCAAUAUUCAUGUACAUAAACACUAAAUAUAGAAGACGUAAUCCUCGU